UGUUUUAUGUGUGUCUCAGCAGGCUGGCUGUGUGAACAGAUGCCUGCUGCCUGCCCCCUACUGCCACUUUGAAGGUGUCACUGGUGCCAUUGAAGAAAGUGCAGACACAGAGACGCCGACGAGGACGCAUCUGGACGCAACGGACUACUGAACGCUCCAGCAGACUAAAAAGUCAGGAAGACUGAAGAAAGUGUGUCCAACACACACAUGAAUGCAACAAGAGACUAAAGCAGCUCAUCUGAAGAGGUUUUUCCCACAAGAUGGUCAAAACAGCAUUCAGCAAAGGCGGAUGGAUGAUGCUUAUCCCUCGCUCCAGAGGUGUGGAAUGACAGAUGACAGAGGGAUUGAUACAGCAAGAGCGAGAGAGAAAGAGAGGGGUAACGUCAGAAAGGGUCACUGCCGACGGUAAUGGAAAACAGCAACAAAGGGCAGGCGUAUCGAUCGGGAGGCAAGAAUACUGUUUAGUUUCCUGUGAACUACGCUGAUACGGUACUCUCCCUGAGAGGAGGAGAUAGCAGGAGCAGCCUGUCUAUUACACACUGAGCUCUGCAGAGGGUUUCAGACAAUAUCAUAAAUUUGUCUGCUUGAUGAAGAAUCACUGUGAGGAAGGAAAGCAAAAAAGGGGAAGAAAAGAAGAAGAAUUGAGUGGGCAGGUUGAUGAAUGGCUGUGGAGGAAGGAAAUGAAAGGUGGAAGGAAAGAUUUGGUGCACAAGAAUGAAACAAAAAGGAAUAAGGGAAAGAAGAAGAAAGAAGUAAGGGAGGAAGAAAUAGAGAGGAGGAAGAAUGGGGUUAAAUGGAAGGAAGGAAGAAUGGAUGCAUAGAUGUGGAGGGAAGGAAAAGAAGAAUGUGAGAGGACAGACCACCAGAUGUUUGGACAGAAGAUCAAACCGAUCAUCAACUCUGACCUGAAGGAGGUUAAAGCUUCUUACAACAGUCUGGAAACAUUGUUCGCAGCAGGAGCAAUUUCUAGCUGAACAUACACAUCAAAACUGAUUGAUACCCAUCAUCAAACUAAUUAGUGGGGAUCCUGCAGAGGGGAGCAGAGAGCUGGCAGACAUGGAUAUAAAUAAUCCAGUUUUUAUCUCUAAAUUAGGGACUCUUAAACUCUUAGGGACUCUUACUUCCUGCAAGAGGUGGAUGUGACUAAACACGAAGAAGCAACACAGGACGUAUUCACUUGGCGUACAGCUUGAGAACUUCUCGCCAAUGACUUGUUGGACGGAAAUGGGGGAUUCACACCUCAGGGAACAAUCUGAGGCUGUUUGGAGCUAGCAAGGCUUUAUUGGAACAAAAUAUAAACCCCAGAACACUUGUAGCUAGUUCCUCCCCGUCCCCUCUUCCCUGGCAUUCCCUAUCCCCCCAAGUAGCUCCUUCCCUGUUUUCUCCCCUUCCCUCAGAUCCUGUUGUGUUCAAUCUGUGCUUAAUUAAUGUGUACUGUUGGUAUUAAGAAUAUAUUUUGGAAGAAACACCUCAAAUAAAGUCUUCAAGUCUCCCUCAAUGCUGAGUGAGCCCUCCCCUCUUCAAUCUCCAACCGGGUAAGGGUCUCUCCUUUGGGAUGGGUGGCCCAGCCAGGGCUCUUCUUGGUGGAUUCGGCACCACCACCACCUCCUCCCUGGAGGUUGGGGGCCGGAUAGCCUGGACUAGCAACAUCUCCCUGGAGCUCAACCAAAGCCAAACAAGGGGGGUAGGGCUCGGAAGUAACGGUGGAGUCGGAAGCGCGGCAGCCAUGAGCGCAGGUCUGGACAAUUUCACCCAGGAGGUCGUCACCAGUGCGGCGAUCAAAGAGAAAAACUGGCCGGCGUUGCUCAUCCUCAUCAUCAUCGCGCUGACGAUCGGUGGCAAUAUCUUGGUGAUCCUGGCGGUGUCGCUGGAGAAGAAGCUUCAAAACGCCACCAACUUCUUCCUGAGGUCACUGGCCGUGGCGGACAUGCUCGUAGGCAUCCUGGUCAUGCCGAUCUCCCUCAUCAACAUCCUGUAUGACUACGCCUGGCCUCUCCCUAGCGCCCUGUGUCCUAUCUGGAUCUACCUGGACGUGUUGUUCUCCACCGCGUCCAUCAUGCACCUGUGUGCCAUCUCUCUGGACCGAUACGUCGCCAUCCGCAACCCCAUAGAGCACAGCCGCUUCAACUCCAGAACCAAAGCCAUGAUGAAGAUCGCCGCUGUCUGGACCAUAUCUAUAGGUGUGUCGAUGCCUAUCCCAGUGAUCGGCCUCCACAACGAGGACAAGGUUUUCGUGAACGGCAGCUGUGUCCUCAACGAGGAGCGCUUCAUUCUGAUUGGCUCCUUCGUGGCCUUCUUCAUCCCACUGAUUAUCAUGGUGGUGACGUACUGCCUCACCAUACAGGUGCUCCAGAGGCAGGCCACUGUCUUCCUGUACGAGGCAAAGGCUUCCCAGCAGCCUUUGCACCAACCAGCAAUGAAAAACACAUUGCAACCUCCGCCUUCCACCUUCCACCUUCCUCAGAUCAACACAGUUUCUCCUCCAGUAUCACAAGAGAAGCCGCCGCCCCCUCAGAGCAGACGAAACACCCUGAGCUGCCUGAAAGGGGCGGAGCCCAGCAUAGUGCUCAGCACCUCCAAAUCAGACAGCAUAAGCAUCAUUCCCAGCUCCGAGGUGGCAUCUCAGCUCAGCUCGCCAGCCACGGGGCCAGGGCGGAGCGACACAUCAGGUUGCCACGGGCGACGGGGGAUGAUGCAGGCCAUAAAGAACGAGAGGCGGGCCUCCAAGGUCUUGGGAAUUGUCUUCUUCCUCUUCCUCAUCAUGUGGUGUCCCUUCUUCAUCACCAACGUCACCUUCGUUCUGUGCCGCGGUUCCUGCAACGAGUCGCUGCUCCAUGACCUCCUCAACGUCUUUGUCUGGGUGGGUUACAUCUCCUCCGGGGUCAACCCUCUGGUCUACACCCUCUUCAAUAAGACCUACAGGAGAGCGUUUUCCAACUACAUCAGGUGCCAGUACAAUGUGGGGGCCAACGCAGCCGGACAGAGUUGCAAAACCCUCCUGGUACCCCCACCGUGCCCGUCGCACGCUGUGACCCCUCUUCUAUCAGGUGGUCACGGGAAAGCAGGCGUGGAUCGCAAUAGUAACUGUCGCAACGGCAGUAGGGGGGACAACGGGAGGCUGACAGUGGACCCAGAGGACACAACAGAUGACGGGUCACAAAUUGGAGGCAUGUUGCAGAGCCUCUCUGAAUGCCACAACGUCGGCAUGCUGUCAGAAACAGAGCCAGAAACGGAAAUGGAGCAUGAGCUGUCACUCAUCAGCUACAACCCGGCCACCACAGAACACACUAGCAGCGUGUGAUUGCGUGCUUCUUGCUGUUUUAUGUCUUUUCUUUAACCUGCAGACACUGAGCUGAGCAGCGUGACGAUGGGCUGGUGCUUGGAGCCGAGAGCAUUUUCAUUAGUUGACUGUAAAACUGCAGUGGGUACGCUUAUAUUGACAGGACUAGUCUUGGUUGAGGAGCCUUAUCCCCACACUGAAGUGCACUACUUACUUCAAUGUGUCAAAGAAAUCUGAUUAUGAGAGGAGUCAGCUUCUGAGGCUAAAAAAGUGGGAAUAUUUUUGAAUGAAAACCAGUGUUUCAAUUGUGUUUGCCUUCUAGUUGGUGCCAAAAUGUUGGUUUUCAUACCAUAAAUAGAGAAUGAAGGCUUUUCUUAGACUCUUAUCCAUUUGUAAUUGUGCUCAGUGUUCACAAAAUGUGGUGUACUUCAAGGGGACCAAGGUGCCUGCUGAGAACCAGACAGGGAAGAAGUGCGUUACGAAACAGUCAGUGAAGAGCUUUGUCUCAUUGUUAACCUGGUAUGACGUGACGCCGUCCUCAACAGAGUCCCACUGAUGCAGGUUACAGAGUCGAGCACCGACCGCUGAGGUCAAUGGGGUCAAACUAUGACUUCAAGCCUUCGCACAGAGUCAAAAUGCAGUCUGAGCUAUGGUUUAUGGGGACUCUCUCCACACCAAGCAAACUAAACCAAAUCUAUUCAUAAAAAGUCAUAAAAUCUCUCUGAAUGAACUUUUCCAGCAUGUAUAAUGAAACUAUUCAGCUGACAGAAAUGAGAUUUUCUCGAAACUCUCUGGAGGCUGCAAUGAAAGUUUGUCUGAGAGGACCAAGAUGAAAGAAUGUACAACGACCACUGGUCUCUAGUGGACUCACAGUGCCAUCUGGUGGUCACAUGACACAGAGAGGUUGCUCCCCUUGAAGUGGACAAAGGGGCUAAAACAGCUAAAAGCAUGGCGCAGGCCUUUGGUCCAACACAGCUGUCAGGCUCUUGCUUCCCUUGAUCGAUACACUCUUUGAAAGUUUUUUGUUUGUUUGUUUUUUUUACUGAAAACAACCAAUAAAGUUUACAAUAAAAAGAAACAAUCUAAAAGUAAAAAUGUGAAGAAAAAAAAAAGUUUUUGAUGUAAGGGUGCACAAAUGUUUCCCAGAUGUCAUCCUUAAAUGGAACGACAGAUCUGAUGACAUCAGCCAUAACGUCACUGUUAGUUUCAUCAUAUAGCCAUCGUUAUCACUGAGUCAUCUUCAUAAAACAAUAUAAAACUUACUGGUCUUCCUCAAAUGUGAUCAAAUCACAAACACAUCUUUAUAUUCGGAAAAUAUGUGAAUUCGGUUACCACUUCCUACAUUUUUCAUUGGAUAGGCUUUAACAGUUGACCGGUCAGCUAUGAGCUGACUAAUUUGACCACAUGUAGUAAAUUUAUUUCACUGAUAAAGGGGGGAUGAGUAGUAGAUGAGGGAAAAACAGAAUUAAGAAAUAUUUUUUUAGAUUGUAGACACAGAUUGUAUUAAAAGGUUUAAUCAAAGUCAGUGAAUCUCUCCUUAAGAUUGUUGUCCCACAAGUCUAGUCAGCAAACUGCAGAUCAUAUUAUUAGAUGUAUUCAUGUCAUCUUCAAAUAAUAACCCAGGCUGUUUAUUUCUGAAGGACAUAUUCUUGAAUGAACAAGAAAUUCUCUGUCGUUUACUUUGUAAAUGAAGGAUUUUUAUACAAGGUCAGCCAUCAGAUCAGUCCUUUUCAUCCAAAAAUCCUUCAGCAACAUGAAUUUCCAGUUAUGCUACUGGCCAAAAUUUGCUAAGACAGUACGGUGAAUGCCAAAGAGGAAGGAGGGAACAUUAAUGCUUCAAUGAACGCUCUGAUAAUGGGUUCAAGACAAAAACUAGGCAAUAUCUCAGAGAAUUGCAGGUUUGAUCAAUAAUUACUGGUUAAAAGCUCUAAAUCAGUCUCUUUGAUCUCGUCUUUUACAAUCUGUUCAGCCUGAGUCACCAGAUGCCGCAGUGUGACUCAAAGACCGAAUACCCUUAGAUUUCAUCUGUCGCAUAAGAUGGACAAAAAGUCAAUACGCUAUAAGAGAGACCCCUGACUCUAUCAAGACAGAUCAGUAACCCUCACAGCUCUGUCACGCUGAUUUUCUUGCCCUCCCACAUUUAUCAACAUCUGACAGGCGACGACCAUUCCACCAUCAGCUGAAAUAUCUACAGUACACUGCUUUAGGGUGAAAAAAAGGAUUAAACCUUUUGUAGGUUUUCCUUCCAUCUUAAAUGAUUUUGUCACAGCAGGUGUCACUUUGCCCUAGUGAUCAAUAUUUCAUUUUGGUAAUAAUCCCUUCAGCCAUAAGACAGCCAAAACACCUGAAUGUACAACCCUUUGUUACCCCUUUAAGGUCAUAGAGCAAAGGUCAAAGCCUGGAGUGGACCAAUCGAAUCCGGAGCCUGAGGUCUGCAGCUGCAUCUGCAUACAAUUAGAAUGAAACAUAAGAACUGGGAGUCUUUUUAUUCUAAUUAUAUGCAUCUCUGUGUACUGUAUCCACUAUUUGUAAGCUACAGACUUACACAGUGGUCAUUCGUACCACUUUUCUCUCCACAGGGGGAGGUCUACAUGAGCUAAUGUUGGCAAGCCAGCACCGAGGUUUGGCCUACAAAUACUGUGCAUGUUUGAAGUGAUGGUCAAAAGGUCCUCUCUGCCUCACUUAGUUUUGUUUUUGUUCUCCCUCUCUUUUUAAUACUCGAAAGGAAUGAAACAGCGCAGGAAGGAAAGAAAGAACAAACAAAGAGCAAUCAACAAAGUGCACAUUGCAAACAGCAUGAAAUUCCUGCAGGCACUUCAUCAAAUCAUCAAAAUACAAACAAUAACGACAUAAACGAGAGAAAAACGGAAAGAAAAAAAAAAAAAACAGAGAAGAGAGGACUUGCCGAACGGGUCGUGUUUGAUCCGUUCAGGUGUGAGCGAGGAAAGAGCUACAGCCAGGCCAGCCAACUCAGUACGUCACAAUGUAAUAACUAUAUGUUACCCGUGUACCUGUGUGUAUGUGUGUGUGUGUGUGUGUGUGUGUGUGUGUGUGUGUGUGAGUGUAUGUGCCAGACCCGGCUCAAAUUGCUACCUGAGAUUGAUUCAGUAACUUUUUCUGGGUUCUAUCGAUUGUGUCUGGCACAAUGGAUUGAAUCGGCUCGUCCCUGCAGAUGCCAAUCCCGUUUGGCUCGCGGUCCGGACAGAUGAAAGCAAUCACUCUGAGAAAUGAUCUGAAUGGAUUUCAACUAGCUAAUUCGAUGCAGGUCUGGUGUGUAUUGAAAUAGUUGGAGCCGUUUAUUGGCAGAGUUUCAUUUUGAUACAUUUGAGGAGGGCUCAUUUGGGAUUGUCCCCCCCCUCCCCCUCCUCCUCCAGGACUUUGUUUUUGUUUUUUUGUUGCUAAGCAACAAUACAUGCAAGGAGUGUUUCAAAAGAUUAUAUAGUAGCUUACAUUUACAAAUCUAACUCUAUGAGUAAGAUGUUUAUUGCUCAAACAAUAGGAGCAUACGCACAAGGAGAAAUUCUUUGGCACAGUUUUGAAAAACUUGUUAUGUUCACUGCAUUACUGGCUAUAUUUUGUGUUUUCUGAUAUAUUUUUUUACUCUAAACAUUAACUGGCAAACAUGGAAAUAUUUAUGUAACAAUAAGGUAUUUCCAAUGAAGCUGCAGUAGAGAUUAUCUUAAAUAUAGUACAGUUGCACUAAAUAAGUCCUGUAAUGCAUUAAUCAUUACGAACGCGUGCAAUGCAAAGCUUCCUCUCUAGGAAAAACAUGAUUUCUAGGUGGCAAAAUUUAAAAUAAUACCUCAUCAGAAGAACUCACAAAAUCUAAAUGUAAGCAUACCUCAACAUGCUGAUUUUUCUAAGGCACAGCAAGCAAACUUUUUUUCAUACCGACCCCAAAAACCGGAAAUCCCAGGACACUUAUCAUCCAAAGUGUUUUCUAAUAACUCCCUCUCACUUAUCUUCCCAAACAUGCAACUCUGUCACUAAAUGGCUCUGAGAAUAGCCGGAGCUGCUGCUUGUUCAAGAGUCUGACAAACCCGACGUCUCCAGUGCACCUACGCUGAAUAAAACGUUUCCUCUUGAGACUGAGGCGUCAACACCCUGCGAUGCUGGUUUGCACUGACACGGAUCAGGUUUGUCUCACUCUUGUACGAUCCAGCGCUCGUGAGUUAGCUAUCUCUCUCUCUGUGUUGAACCUUCCUCUGUUAUGCAGUAGCUGUUUUUUAUACCAUUUUAAUUGUGAAUGUUUGUCUAUGACACCUCUUCUUGAGUUUAUACAAUUAUUAUGCCAUCAUC